AUGACCACCCACGAAGAAGCUUCCGCGCCAACAUUGUCAACCAGAAACGCAGAAAUCUACGGCACCAUACCAUUGCCGAUCGGGAACAGCAGCACCAUCCGACUUCUGGAGAUACUCAACGACGAUACGAACGACGACGACGAGCCUAUCUCGUGCAGCCUCCGAUUAGCCUCUCUGGACGAAGAAUUUGUUGCGUUGUCCUAUAUGUGGGGCCCCGAAGCCGCGACGAAAAGCAUUAAACUGAACGGGGAGUCAUUCCUGGUCCGUCGGAAUCUCUGGGAUUUCCUUCGUCAGAGGCGGAUGGACCAGUCGCGGGGCACCGAGUCGAGAUGCCUCUGGAUCGACGCUUUGUGCAUCGACCAAACAAGCAAUCUCGAGAGGAAUCAUCAAGUUGGUAUCAUGGGCCGGAUCUAUUCUAGGGCCUCGAAAGUAUUGAUCUGGCUUGGUCCAGCUAGAGACGACUACUCACGAGCUAUGAUGAUCUUGGCAGAUCUUAUUCUCGAUCCGGAAACGCAUACUGUAUACUCUCCUUCAGACCUUGCCGCCUUUGAAAUGACAGGAAAUCCUGCUUUCGCGGCACUGCUUCAAGAUCCGUAUUGGUCGAGAGCCUGGAUAGUGCAGGAAUGCGUUCUCGCAGCCGAGCUUGAGCUACAAUGCGGGCCAACAUGUAUACCCGCACCAAUUGUCGAUAAGAUAUUCGCUGUUCGUGCAAGACAGUUUCCAUCGAGGCUUAUAGUUCCUGUGCAACUUGUCGAUGAACAUCCAAAGAGUGCAACCGGACGAAUUUUCGAAGCACGAGGUUUCAUGAACACCGAGUCCCGUUAUAGAUACAUUGUUCCCUGGGGAAUUGGAAUCGAAUACUGGCCUCGCACGAAUUGUGCCGAUCCACGGGACAGAGUCUACGCUAUGACUGCUCUGAUGGAUCCCGCCCUGAAGAUCAGCCCGGACUACAACAAGUCAGCCGAAACUUUAUUCGUGGAAAUUGUAGACAAGCAUAUCAUAGGUGACGCCCUUUAUGAAUCGAAAAUCAUUAAGCUGGCCAGGUUGCUGGACUUGGAACACGAUGGGCCAGACCAUGCAAGCUGGUCUUGGUUAGUAUGGCAGAAGCUACUCGAGGCAGAGAGGGAAGAGCAGGCGUCGAGACGAAUUUCUAAAUAA